AUGUUAAAUUUAGAAAAACUUCGCCUAUAUCUUGUAGUUGUCCAUAAAGAAACAUUUAUUGAUGGUAACAAUUUGAAAUAUAAUAUUAUAAAUUAUUUACUAAAUUUAAAACAAUUUGGUUUUAAUAUACAUUCAUUUAUUCCUAUUGAUAAUCCAAAUGAUUUACCUUCGAAUGAAGAUAUUCGAAAAACAUUAAUAAAUGUCGGAAAUAAUCAUAGUUAUUGUUGUAUUAAUUACUAUCCUGAAAGUCGUUUGGGUCAUUGUAAUACAUAUUCAUACUCAUGUUCAAAUGAAAUUGGAUUUUAUUAUAAUAUAACAAAUAAUUUUCUAGGUGGAAUAUAUAAAUUUGUUAAAAAAAAUUCUUUAUUUGAUGAAUAUCCGUUUGAACAUGAGUUUUUCAUUCGAAUAUCUCAAUCAUUUCCAUUUAUAGAAACUUUAUCUUUAACUAAUCAAAAACCACAAAAAGAAAAAGAAAAUGAAGAAAUAAAUUUACCAAUUGCUCAAUUUUUUCAUCUAACCAAAUUAAAUUUCGAUGAUGUCGAUGAUGAUUAUAUUGAGCAAUUUUUAGUUGAUAGAAAAACAUGUUUAUCAAAUAAUGUUUUAGUUACUGUGGAAUAUUAUUAA